AUGAGCACGCACCCUGCUGUGGUGACCGUUGGUCCAGGUCUUCCGUUGGAAGUGCUUCAAGUUCCAACCCCGACACCAAUUGCAAACGAAAUCCGGGUUCGGUGUGAAUGGACCGCUUCGACCCCCCUUGACUUGCACCAAGCCGACGGCGGCCUUCUGGUCAAACAUCCACAGGUAUUAGGUGACGGCAUUGCUGGCACCGUUGUUGAAACAGGACCCGAUGUCAAGAAAUUCAAGGUUGGGGACAAGGUCUUUGGCUUCACCUGGCGUAGUCAGGCGGAGAAAGCACACCAGGAAUACGCGGUUGCGCCAGAAUUCCUUUUCGGCAAGAUUCCUCCCAAUAUCACGAUGCAACAGGCGGUGACGGUCCCCAACAACUUUGUGACUGCAUGGCACACCUUCACUAAAGAUUUCGGUUUCGAGUUGCCCUGGCCCAAGCCGGAAGGGUAUAUUCCGAAGGAGAAGGAGUCAUGGAUAUUGAUUUGGGGUGGAAGUUCCAGCGUGGGACAGUACGCUUUGCAAAUCCUGAAGUGGUAUGGGUAUACCAACAUCAUCGCCACGGCUAGCAAGAAGCAUCAUGAGAAAUUACGUGGUUACGGCGCGGCCAAGUGUUUCGACUAUCGAGAUCCAGGAGUUGAACAAGAUAUCGUGGCCUUUAUAGAUGCCCAACCCGCAUCCAGAGGAAUCCAUUUCAUCCUCGACUGCAUUGGCAACCUCAACGGCAGCGUGGUGCCUAUAUCGCGAAUAGUCAGGCCCAAAUCUAGCACGAAAGUCGCGAUUCUCCUUCCCAUCAUCGUCAAGGACGCCGCUGAAGGGGUGCAACCGAUUUACGAAAUGGACGUUAACAAGGCGGCGCAGUGGCCGGAAGGCGUCCAGGCGGUGGGCGUCCGCACGCACUUUUAUUUGGAGAACAAAUUCCUCGCGGAACAUUUGCAAAGUGACAUCAUGCCCGAGUGUCUCGCCAAGGGUAUCAUCGAGGCGAACGAGCAGGUCCUUGUCGAAGGGGAAACAAUGCUGCAGAGGGCGGAGAAAGCGUUGAAAAUGCUCCGAGAGAAGAAGGUGAGUGGCGCGAGACUGGUCUGGCGAGUCUCAGAUGGAGUGUGA